AUCGGGGAGGGUCGGCCGGCGGUCGUCACUUCCGCCUUCGCCACCAAGGACGCAGAGCGAUGAGGCUCGUCGUCACGUGCCAGUUGUGCAACGAAGACAAUGCGCCCACGGCCUCGCUCUGCGCACACUGCGACGAAGAGAUGCCGCCGGCAGAAAACCGACUCAAGUUCGUCCGCGUGUGCAAGGAAGACGCCGCCGCUCACAACAUGCUUCAAGUCGCCAAGAAGGAGCUCGAAGAUGCCAACGAGAAGCUUGCGGCGCAAGUCAAUGCGCUCAACGCAAAGGUCGCUACAAUGGAGAAGGCGAUGGCGAUUGGCGGUAGCGCGACGGCCGACCCCGAUUUCCGAGCCGCGUAUCAGCGACUCGACGCUGAGUACGAAGCGAAGAGCAAGGCGCUGGAAGAAGAACGAAUGAAGCUCCAGCAGGACCGGGCGAACGAGCUCACACUGCAGUCGACGCCACUCGUGAAUGUCAGUGAUGUCCACGUCGUUGACGAGCAACCGCUGUGGCGCGGCGAGGUCUUCAUCUUGCACAAGGUCCGCAUCAAUGACCAGAUCGUGGUGCGCAAGAGCCUCGACCCGAACGCCGUCGAGGCGCUUCGCCGCACAGGCAAGCUCGCAGAGAUGCUCGACAAGGUCAAGCGCUCGUUUGCUAUCUUGCGCCGGCUGAACGGUGGACGCGGCUCGCUGAUCCAGAUCCUCGGCGCAUCGGGGCUCGACUACACGAGCGAAAACCCCGUGAUCUACAUGCCGUACAUGCCGCGAGGCAGCCUCCGGUAUCUCAUCGAGAAGACGCCGGACGCGGCUGCCGUGCCGUGGCCGACGCGCCUCGACGUGGCGUUCACGAUCGCCCGCGGCCUCUACGAGCUCCACGCGAUCGACCGCAUCCACCGCGACGUCAACUCGUUCCAUGUGCUCGUGCACGACUUGCACCGCGUCGUGCUCACGGGCUUUAGCCACGUGCGUCAGCCGUCGGCCGGGACCAUGACUGGCAACGUCGGCGACGUGCGCUGGGCAGCGCCAGAGACGCUGCAGUUGGCGCAUGCCCGGUACUCUGUGAAGGCCGACAUCUUCUCGUUCGGGAAGCUCCUCGAGGAGCUUGCGACGCACGCGCUUCCGUACGUGUCGUUCAUCAAUGAAACCACGAGCAAGCCCAUCUCGGAGCACGCGCUCGAGAAGCGCCUCGCGAACGUCACGGCAGGCGACCCAAUCUUGCAGCACAACAUGGACGCGUCGACGCCGGCGUACUACGCGGAGAUCGUCCAGCAGUGCCUCGCGCUCGAGCCCUCGUCGCGCCCGACGAUCCUCACCAUUCUUGAGACGCUGCGCCGCGAGGUCGAAAAGUUCCUCUUCCCGCUGCAGCCACCGGUGACCGAGCCUAUGCACGUCCAGGUCGAGGUGCAACGAGCCAAGGGCCUCCGCGGGACGGGUACCCGCCACAUGCAGGUGCAGUGCCACGUGAGCCUCGGUCGGGAUCAGUCACAAACUGGUUUCUCCGAGGAGCGUGGGAGCAGUCCGACGUGGAACCAUCUCAUGGACUUCCGACCCCAAGAGCCAGAGUUCAUGACGCUCGAGGCGCGCGUCUACCAAAAGCUGGGCAACCAGCUCGCUCAAAUCUGCAUCUGCACCGUGCCUCUCCAGAAGACGCUGCCACACGGAGAUGAUCUGACCGACGACGAUUGGGUCGUCGAGCUCGAAGCGCCGUUGUUCAAGGACGGUGCCGACUGCGGCGAGCUCUACCUCAAGGUGACCUUCAUGGGCGAGGGUCGACUCCGGUGGCGCAACCAGUACUUUGACCGGGUAAGGUACAUUGACGACUCGAUCCGGAUCGAACGCGAUCCGGUCCGAGUCGCCCAAGCCAAAGUCAUCCGCAGCAUGUACAUGCCCACUUGAUCUCGUCCUCGUAGUCUAUACACUCUUCUUAAAGAAUAGCAUAGUAGUUUACGAAUA